ACAAAGUCCGUUGAAAUAUGGUGAAUUAAGAAAUUCAUAAUUGAUAAAUUCAUAAUCAUAGUCAUAGCAAUUCACUUUGAAAUUUUGUACUCCUAAUUUCUAAAUUAUAGGGUUGUCUCUCACCCUCAAUUACAUUCUCAGUAACUGUAAACUAUCAGAUCAUCUUGGAUUUCAACAAUGGCUCGGAAACCCGAAGAAGAGUACGACUAUUUGUUCAAAGUCGUACUUGUUGGCGAUUCCGGAGUCGGCAAAUCCAAUCUUCUUUCUCGAUUUACUCGCAAUGAGUUUUGUUUAGAAUCUAAAUCCACUAUUGGCGUCGAAUUCGCCACUCGAACUCUUCAGGUUGAAGGAAGAACUGUGAAGGCACAGAUAUGGGAUACAGCUGGUCAGGAGCGUUACCGAGCAAUCACAAGUGCCUACUACCGGGGUGCUCUCGGUGCUCUUUUGGUGUAUGACGUCACCAAACCUACAACAUUCGACAAUGUGAACCGGUGGCUGAAGGAGCUACGUGAUCAUGCGGAUGCCAACAUUGUGAUUAUGCUUAUAGGUAACAAGACUGAUCUCAAGCAUCUUCAAGCUGUGGCCACUGAGGACGCUCAGAGUUUUGCCGAUAAAGAGGGUCUUUCUUUUAUAGAAACAUCUGCUCUCGAAGCAACAAAUGUUGAGAAGGCAUUUCAAACCAUUCUCUCUGAGAUAUAUCGGAUUAUCAGCAAGAAGACGCUAUCUUCCAAUGAACCAGCACCUGCAGCACUUGCAGGAGGACAAACUAUAGUUGUCGGAGGAGCAUCCGAGACUGCUGCGAAGAAGCCUUGCUGUUCAUCAUCCUAGGAGUAACCUAACCUUCAAGUGAGAUUUGGUCAUAAUUUUUUUCCGAAGUCAAGUUUGGGUUGGUUGGAGCAUAGCUUGUUAUGAGUUGGCUUAAGCUUAUUAUCUAUUUAUUGUGAAUGUGUGAUUUUCUUAACCCCCCCUUAUUUUUCUGUUUCUUUAGUUACAUCCCUCCCCAUAUUUUGCAACCCAGAUACCAACUGAGCUCUUUCGAGCAAGUAAAAGGUUGCAUUUUUUGAACUUUUAAAUAGAUGACAAGUAAAAUACCUUUUUUUUCGAGAAUUGAACAAAAUAUCUUGUCCGGGAAGGGCGUGACACUUAUUACAAUGUGUUCAUUUUUCUAUGGAAAAACCCAGCUAAUGAAUGUUGAUAUCUUCACUUCCA